CAUAUGACGUCCACCCACUCUAACCGCGCAUGCAUGGCUCCGGGGGCGAGCAGCGCGGCGAUCAGUGCGGAUCACCGAUGUCACAUAUCAGUGCCCAUCUGAGCUGCCUUUCAGUGUCACCUAUCAGUGUGCAUCAGUACCACCUAUCAGUGCCCGUAAGUGCUGCCUAUCAGUGCCAGUCAGUGCCACCUAACAGUGCCAGUCAGUGCCACAUAUCAGUGCCCAUCUGAGCUGCCUUUCAGUGUCACCUAUCAGUGUGCAUCAGUACCACCUAUCAGUGCCCGUAAGUGCUGCCUAUCAGUGCCAUCAGUGCUGCCUAUCAGUGCCAGUCAGUGCCACAUAUCAGUGCCAUAUAUGAGUGCUGCCUUUCAGUGCCCAUCAGUGAUGCCUGUCA